AGUUGCGGAUCGGUUUGACACAUUCACCAAGAGUAAUAGGAAUGAACCCUCGCAAUAAUUCCGCCAAGAGUCAUAGGAGAGAGACCGAGUUGCCCUCAACAGGAGGCAUUCAGGACGAUGUUGGAGACGCAGAGGUAAAUUAAUUUGGGAGUAAGCAACUACUGCGGUUCACUGUUCUUUUUGUUCUCUCGCGUUACAGACACCAAAAGAAUGUUCGCCGGUUCUUCAUCGUCGUCCAGAAUGCAGCCUGAAGAGCAAUGGAAGCACUCGUCAGUGCUUGCCUUACUGGGCCUGGUCCUUUCUUCGCAGAUUUACACGACUUUGGUGUUGUCAGACCUCGAACUAGGAUGUUGCGGUAGCAAGGGAAGUACAGCUGGAAGUGCUGCAACAGCAGGUGUUGUAGCAGGAUCCUCAACUUCAUCAUUUUUUAGAGAGGACGUCGAUGGAGGUGAACAAGACAUUAAAAAUAGCAGAACACCAACAUCUACUUCUUCGAGGAGCAUAUCGAGUCAUGGAGGCAGCUAUGAUGCUUUAGCCGAGAGUAUGUCUGCAGAUCCUUCUUCUAUAGGUGCAAACGAUAGUGGUGGACAACAUAGUAGAGACUUGCGCAGACGAAGUGCGAGUACGAUCUCAAGACCGCCACCGGGGAAUAGAGCAUCGGUUAGGCCAUCAGGUUCGGGAGUGUCAAGUGCAAGUUUGCUAGCUGAGGAGGACGAGGAGGGGGGAGCGGGUAAAGUUUUUUUCGGUUUUUCGAGAUUAGGAAAAAAUUGGUGAUCUGAAAUAGACAUUCACAUGUCUCAAAGAGGCUACAGCUGCUAGUAUCUUGAUCUUCGUUUUCCUCCUUAAAUGUCAUCGUGCUUUCUAUACCUUCUAGGCGCAUCUUCGCACGAGCCAGCGCCGCAAGCACCGCAAGCACAAGCACCGCAGCAACAGCAAGUUAGCAUUUCCCUCGGCGCCUUGCUCGAGAAAGAGCAAAGACAGCAAGGCAUUGGCGUCGUUCUAGGAGUGGGAAAAUCUAGAACUGUUUUCGAGCUUUUACAGGAAUGGACGCAGUCUCCAGGUCUGUACCUCUGUGAUCCCUUCAUUCACUUCUCUCCAGAAGUCUAUGAUAAUCCAGAGCACAACCUAAGCGACAAAGAUUCGCAGAUGUUGUUUGAAGCAGUGCAAGCAGAAUUGGCGGCUUAUCAGGUAAUGCUCAGAAAUUGUGAUUGCAGGUGUAGUGCUUACAGCUCUAUUUUUCUCGGUUUUUACGAUCCGAUCGUGAAAAAUGGGCAAGCAUCAACAUGCUGAUCAUUAAACUUAGAGUUUGCCGUUCAACCAUUCCCAUCACACCCGCUCUUCAGGGUCGCUUUUCCAUGGUCCGCGACUUAGCUCAAUCGUUCGCCACUAUGUUCCGAGCCCAGAAUGCCCAGGCCAGUCUGGUUUUUGUGGAUAAUAACCCAGCGCGGAUUGAGAAAGAUAUUGAGGACUGGUGGCCUCUAGUCUCGCCUGGAGGCGUCUUUGCUGGAGCACCUUCAGGUAAUCAAGUUGUAGUAUCAGCAGUUGAGAAACUUGCGAGCCAACAGGGGAAGAGGGUUAUCACCUUGUUGGGGGGAUAUUGGGCGAUAGUGAAAUGACGAUCAUGAGGAGGUGUCUUGUCACGCACCUUCUAGACAUGAACGACUUUAUGAUGUCCGAACGACUUUAUGUGGUCAGAGUAGAAAACUAAUGAUUAGUACAGGAAUACAGAGGAACCACUGUCAACAUGCUUGGCUUCCGAAAGCGGAACACCUACGUGUGUCCUGACCUGAGCUGAAAGAUGAGCGAGAGACGGCUAUACUGCAAUCUUUCACAGAUAGAAAUGCGAGUGCGUUGUUCCUGC